AUGAAUCUUAUUGUGAAGCUUCGGAGAAGUUUUCGAACAUUGGUUGUUCUUUUAGCUACCUUUUGCUUGGUGAGCAUUGUCAUUUCUGCCUACUUCCUCUAUUCUGGCUAUAAACAGGAAAUGACUCUUAUUGAAACCACUGCAGAAGCAGAGUGUUCUGACAUCAAAAUUCUGCCAUAUCGGACAAUGGAGCUGAAAACAGUUAAACCUAUUGAUACAUCCAAAACUGAUCCUACAGUCCUUCUAUUUGUGGAGAGCCAGUACUCUCAACUUGGUCAAGAUAUCAUGGCUAUCUUGGAGUCUAGCAGAUUUCAGUACCAAAUGGUCAUUGCCCCCGGCAAGGGGGAUAUACCUCCUCUUACAGAUAAUGGCAAAGGGAAAUAUAUUUUAGUUAUUUAUGAAAAUAUUCUGAAGUACGUCAGCAUGGACUCAUGGAAUCGAGAGCUUUUAGAAAAAUACUGUGUGGAAUACAGUGUUAGUAUAAUCGGUUUUCAUAAAGCCAAUGAGAACAGCUUUCCAAGUACACAAUUAAAAGGCUUUCCAUUAAACCUUUUCAAUAAUCUAGCUCUAAAGGACUGUUUUGUCAACCCUCAGUCUCCUUUGCUGCAUAUUACCAAAGCCCCCAAGGUUGAGAAAGGCCCUCUUCCUGGGGAAGAUUGGACUAUUUUCCAAUAUAAUCAUUCAACCUACCAGCCUGUGCUUUUAACUGAAUUACAGACAGAAAAAUCCCUUUCAUCCUCAUCCAGCAAACCGCUCUAUGCGACGGUGAUACAGGACUUGGGGCUUCAUGAUGGAAUUCAGCGAGUUCUUUUUGGCAACAACUUAAACUUUUGGCUACACAAGCUCAUCUUCAUAGAUGCCAUCUCCUUCUUGUCAGGGAAGAGGCUGACACUGUCCUUGGACAGAUACAUGCUUGUGGACAUUGAUGAUAUCUUUGUUGGGAAAGAGGGAACAAGGAUGAAUGUCAAAGAUGUAAAGGCAUUACUAGAGACUCAAAAUUUACUGCGCACUCAGGUUGCAAAUUUUACCUUCAACCUUGGAUUUUCAGGGAAGUUUUACCACACAGGGACUGAAGAAGAAGAUGAAGGAGAUGACCUUUUGCUUAGGUCUGUAGAUGAGUUCUGGUGGUUUCCUCACAUGUGGAGCCAUAUGCAGCCUCAUCUCUUCCAUAAUGAGUCAUCUUUAGUUGAACAGAUGAUUCUCAACAAGGAAUUUGCCCUGGAACAUGGAAUCCCUAUCAACAUGGGCUACGCGGUGGCACCACAUCACUCAGGGGUCUACCCGGUUCAUAUUCAGUUAUAUGAAGCUUGGAAGAAGGUCUGGGGUAUCCAGGUCACCAGCACUGAAGAAUAUCCACAUUUGAAACCUGCACGGUACCGAAAGGGCUUCAUUCACAAUAACAUCAUGGUCCUGCCUCGACAGACCUGUGGGUUGUUUACCCACACUAUUUUCUACAAAGAAUAUCCAGGAGGACCCCAAGAAUUGGAUAAAAGUAUCAGAGGAGGUGAACUUUUCCUUACAAUCCUUCUAAACCCGGUUGAUAAGUCUCAAGAUCUGCAGUUGGCAAACUGGAGACCUAAAAGAACCAAUGAUGCAGUUCCAGUACAAGUCAUAAGGACUUACCUUGGGCCUGAGAAUCAGGAGAACUGA